AUGGGUCAGGUUACUGUGGAAUCAUUAGAUAUCGUGGUGGCCAAUUAUCCGUGGAAUUCGUGGGACCAUGGAAAAUACCAUUGGAAACAUUUUGAUACUAGACUCCCUCCACAUAUUUUCAAUGUGGCAAAUAGAGCGUAUCGACGAAUGUGUCAGACCGACGGAAACCAGACAAUAAUUUUCUGUGGUGAAUCAGGUGCGGGAAAGACAGAAAACACAAAAUACUUGGUACAACACCUGAUGCAUACAUGCAUUUGUGACCAAGGAAUCGAAGAAUUGAAAAGCAAAAUUCUCAAGCUUGAUGUUGUGCUCGAAAGCUUCGGAAACGCAAGAACGAAAAUAAAUUCCAAUGCUAGCAGAUUUGCAAGGCUUCUACAGAUAAGCUUUAGAGAUGAAAAACUCAUUGGAGCCAAUGUGCGACACGUCAUGCUUGACAAAAAUCGGGUUGUGGCCAGGACGGAAAAUUGUAAAGAGGGAAAUUUCCACAUUUUCUAUGCUUUAUGUGAGGGUCUGUCUGCUGAAGAAAAGCAAAAAUUUCACCUGCAGAGGAAAGAAGUUUACACAAUACUUCUUGGAAGUAAUGAAGAUUUACAUGAAAAAGAAAAAUAUCUUAAACAGUACCAUGAUAUCAAAAAGGGCCUUGACAACUUUGCGGUGUCACCCUAUGAAUUUAUAUUUCUGACAAAAAUGCUAGCUGCCAUUUUACUGCUUAGUGAGAUAACAUUUGUUAAACCAGUAAGAGAGGUUGAUAAGAUAAAAGUAAAGAACGAAGAAAAACUGGAGCAGGUUGCAGAAUUGAUGAGUGUUAAAUCUGAUGAUUUGAAGAAAGGCCUGCUGUUGAAGACAUUCAGUGCUGGUGACAAAAUCCCACACAAUACUGUACAGGACGCUGAAAUUAGGAGAGAUACUUUGGCAAAGCACACAUAUGAACGAUUGUUUGGAAACCAAGAAGAAGCCAACAUAGGAAUUCUUGACAUGCCGGGGUUUGAGAAUCUACAAGUAAACAGAUUUGAACAAAUGUGUAUUAACUUGCUUUAUGACAAACUGCAGAUUUUCAUGUUUGAUAAGAUCAUUGAGAGUGAAAAGGAAAUUUACGAAGACGAAAAUAUUGAUCCCGACCUUUUGGCCAUCAAAAUAGAAAAUGAAAAUAUUGUUGACAUUUUUGAAAAUAAGAUGAUAGGAAUAUGGUCAACACUAUGCACGGAAUCUUCACCGCCUUAUGGUAGAGACCAGCAUUUAGUGGUAAGAUUGCAAUGGAACCUCAGAGAUCAUACUCCACAACUCAUAGAAUUCAGACAAAGAUGUCCAACAGAGUUUUGCAUUAAACACCAUGCAGGGGAGGAGUCAGUGAAUGAGCUGAUCAGAGAACUGGAACGUUCAACGACCCAUUUUGUGAGGUGCAUAAAACCAAACGAGGAUCCAAAGAGCAGUUCGUUUGACAAAGUGGUUGUUAGAAAGCAGUUGAGAUACAGUGGAAUCUUGCAGAUGGCUAAACUUCGAAAUCACGGACUUUCUGUUGAGAUAACAAUAAAGAAUUUCAUGGAAAGGUACAUCAACCUCAUUCCAGAUCUGCAUGCAGAACCAACUAGGGAAGAUGUAGAAUCCUUACUUCAAAAUGCACUUCCAUCUGAAAUGCAAGAUUGCUUCCAAGUUCGAGACCACAAGGUCUUCUUGAAAGAGGAGGUAGAUAUGUACAUGGAGAAAGAAUUGAUUAAGAUCAGAAGAAAAUGCGAGGAUAAAACAGUACGUCAAAAUAGAAGAAGUGGAAGACAGUUGAAAUUCAAAAAAAGAGAAAUUCAAGAGAAUGAAGUUAUUGCUGCGGGAAGUGAUUUAGAAAAUGAAGACAAUGAACAGACGAAUGUAAAAUAUUACCACUCAAACGAUAAUGCAACAGACACGGAAAACAACGAGGUUUCUGUCAUUCCUAUUUUGCUUCUUCCAAAAACAGAUCUUUUACCUGAAACACUUCAAACUGCAAUAGCUAAGUAUGAGAGAGGUAUGCCAGGAGUAUUUGAAGACAUUUCUUACAAUUCUUUUAUGUAUAUCAAAGUUUUUGCAGCUUUCCUUUUCACUUCUUUGUCAUGGUGGGAAAAUUUUGCUGCUGACAAAGGAUGUUUUUCCAAAAUUUUUCAGAGAGGCAUUAAUAAAGUCAAAUACGAGUUGCAAGAAAGCAGACCGUAUUUUGGCAUUAUCGUUUCAUUAACGAAGAUAGCAAUGACGGUUUUAUCGGCAAGCCUUCUUGUUGGAGAUCAAACAGAACUUCUGAAUUCUGAAUUUUGGUCAACAAUAACAAACUACGAUAAUGUUGGAUUUUUCUCUGAUAUAAUUGCCCUCGUUAUAUCCGGAUUCGUCGGAUACUAUGUCGCAUACACGGCUUGUAAACUACGGAUGCAAAUAUUUUCGUUUUCCAUACCUUGUCUGAUUUCUACUCCGAUCUUCAUUACACUAAUGGCAUAUUAUUGUGAUGACAGCGAAAGCAUUCUUUCAGUGAUAUCCUCGAUUAAUAUAGAUAUUGCCUGUGAACAUAAUCAUGAAAUAGCAAACAACUGGCUUCACCUUACAGUCACUGCAGCUUGGCUUUUAUCAAUGUACUGGAUUGGCCAGCACAUUUGGUUUCCCUCGCAAGAGAGAAUUGCUAAGAUAGAACGCCUGUUUGUCAAUCCCUUAUAUUGCGGAAUUCUAAUGGAGCAACAUUUGGUGAUGAAUAGAAGGCGGCUAGUAAGAGAAAUACCAAAUAUGGAAAAGACAAACAUCAAGAAAGAAGAGGACAGCGAUACGAGAAAAAACAUCAUUGGCCAGGAAGAACAUCAUUCGGAGGAAGAAAGGUAUAGGCAAUUCUUUAUUAAGGUAAGGGUCACAGAAGGGGAUCAUUUUACAUUUUUGUUUCUUGUUAUAUUGUAUAAAAACCUAAGUGAAAGGACAGAAAAUAUUUAUCCACGAGUCUUCGCAUGCGCUACUUUGUGGCACGAAACUCUUAAUGAAAUGAAGCAAUUGCUAAAAUCCUUAUAUAGAGUCGACAAGGACCAGUCUGGAAGGAAAGAAGGAGAUCAAGACUACUACGAGUUUGAAGCACAUAUUCUUUUUGACGACGCAUUCCAGAAAAAUGAUGUGAAUGAUUUUGUAAAGAAUUUUGCUUCUGUUAUGAAUGAAACCGUUAGUGCCGUCCAUGCAAAGGCCACCAAACUGGAAAAACCUGUAAUAAUCUGCACAGUAUAUGGAGCCCAAAUCGUAUAUAAAAUGCCUGGGGGAAAUCUUAUGUUCAUUCAUCUGAAAGAUAAAACAAAAAUACGAAACAAAAAAAGAUGGUCGCAGGUGAUGUACAUGUAUUAUUUGCUUGCUUAUCGCUUGAGCAUCGAAACCAUCGAAAUGCAAACUCACAGAGAAAGCAAGAAAACAUUCGAGGAACUCCUUAAACCAAGAGCAAACAACACAUUUCUCCUUGCCUUAGAUGGAGACGUAGAUUUUUCACCAGGUUCCUUGAGGAUUCUUGUAGACAGAAUGAGAAAGGAAGACAGAGUUGGAGCUUCAUGUGGCCGUAUUCACCCAAUUGGCAGUGGUCCCAUUGUUUGGUAUCAAAAGUUUGAGUAUGCAGUUGCCCAUUGGCUUCAGAAAGCGACAGAACACGUUCUGGGAUGUGUGCUGUGUUCUCCUGGGUGCUUCAGUCUUUUCAGAGGUUUCGCCUUAAUGGAUGAUAACGUAAUGAAUAAAUACACACAAUUACCAACAGAAGCAUCACACCACCUCAUGUAUGAUCAAGGGGAAGACAGGUGGCUAUGUACGUUACUUCUACAACAAGGCUACAGAGUUGAUUAUGCAGCAGGAGCAGAUGCCUUUACAUAUGCUCCAGAGGGAUUUAAUGAAUAUUUCAAGCAAAGAAAAAGAUGGGGUCCUUCAACUCUUGCCAACAUUAUGUCUCUUCUACAAGAUUGUAGAAAUACAGUCCAAGCUAAUGCAAAUAUAAGUUGGCUGUACAUUUUUUAUCAAGGAUCAUUACUGGUUGCCACAAUAGUAGGACCGGCUACAAUUUUGAUGAUGAUUGCUGGUGCUUUUGUGGCAGUAUUCAAAAUUGAUCUGCUAACGUCGUACAUUGCUUCUCUUGCUCCUGUAAUCCUCUUUUUCGUUAUAUGUCUAACUUGUAACUCAAACAUUCAGCUACUUGUAGCACAGCUUCUAAGUGGAAUAUACGUUAUAAUCAUGAUCGUUGUCUUAGUGGGUGUGAUCAUAACCGCUGUCACUGAAUCGCCUUUCCAUCCAAGUGUCGUAUUUCUUUGUGGAAUCAUAGCCAUUUUUGUGAUAGCUGCACUAUUUCAUCCAAGAGAAUGGGACAAUCUUUUGUUCGGAUUAUUAUACUUUGUGCUGGUACCAUGUGGUUUUCUCGUCUUGAUAAUAUACUCAUUAUGCAAUUUAAAUGAUGUUUCCUGGGGAACACGAGAAAGUGGGAAGAUGAAGGGGAAAGACACGGAAAAGAAAGAUAUAGUUUCCAAAAUACUUUCACCCUUUCGGAAGUUUAAAGGAAAUGUUUCAAAACCAUAUGUGUCUGAAGAUGAUGUAGAACGAUUAGUUGCAAAAUUGAUUGAAGGAAAUAGUCAUACCAAAGACUCUAAAACAACCAAAGAUGAUCCAGAUGAAGUCGUUGUUGGUAGAGAAAAAAUAAAGAGCGAUAAAGACACAAUUAGAAAACAACAGAGCGUUGAACAUGAAAGAACUACAGACAGUGUUAAUGAUUCAGAGCCUCAAUGGAUAAGUAAAGGUAUAUUUAAAGGCAACCGUAUAGAGAUGACCGAGAAAGAAGAUGAUUUCUGGAAAAGACUCAUUGAUAGAUAUCUUAAACCCCCUCAAAGAGAUGAAGCAAAAGAAAAUGAAGACAGGGAGAAGUUAAAGGAAUUAAGAAACAAUGUCUGCGCUGGAAUGGCUGUUCUAAAUUUAAUCUGGGUUUCCAUAAAUUUUAUGUUUCAAUUGAGGAGACCAACAGUUGUCACUUUAACAAAGUUUGAAAAUGGUAACGAAAUAGAAAUUGAUGUCCUUGGAUUACUGUUUAUCAUUUUCUUCACUCUGAUUCUCGUCCUUCAGUUUUGUGGCAUGCUUAUGCACAGAUGGGGAACAUUUCUUCACCUAUUGGCAAUAACAGAGAUCCCAAACCCUUUUCUGAAAAAGGAUGACAAUCCAAAACAACAGGACCAAUCUUCUCCUGAAGAAGAAAAUGAAGAUGAUCUUACGAAUCAAAUAAAAAAUCUUUCGCUAAUAGGAAGACGUCAUAAAGGAGAUGCAGAAGAAUAUAUAAUUCCGAUGAAAAGGCGCAUUAAGGAAAAAGUUAGAAAUAGGAAACAAUCCCAGGUAUCUUCCUAUACAGACUGAAGUAUUCUGAUUAUGUACCAAAGAAAUAAAUAAUCAUGGAGUUCUAUACACUGUCGGUGUUGUAAAAAUUAUGAAGAAUAUUAAAAGAAAACACUUUGAUGUGACCAAAUAUGAGAAUUUUUAUUAUAUUAACAGAUUAUAUACUGAUGUCGUUUAUGUAAUCCCACUUAAUAGAACCCUUGUUCAUAAUUAUGUAUGUUUCUGCAUCAAUAAAAUUAUGAUAGUAUAAAGCUUAAAAUAAUAACAUUGUGUUCUUACAAUUAAAAAUAAAAUGGAGAUUUCAAAACAGUUUUUUAAUGCUGUAUAAGCAAUUAGUAGAGAAAAGCACAUCUGAUUUCCAAAUGUUUGAGCAAAUCAUCAUUAUUGAUCAGAACAGUAUAAUGUGUAUUGAUUCAUUAUUUAUACACAUAUGUGAUAGUUUUCAAAUGUUUAUGCUCGUGUUACCUCAGUUUGAUUCAUUGUUGAAUUAUCAAUUAGAACUGAUUUACAAGCAAUUGUGAUGUGUGUUGUAUUUACAAAAUAACUUAAAACCGCAUAAAUAAAUAAAAUGUUCUCAGUUUAAUUAAUUUAAACCAAAAUAUACACAAUUAUUUGCAUAUUGAAAAUGAAGUGCACGAGCUCUGA